CAAAAAGCAUCGAUGGCGUCUGAUUUUGGAAAUCCACUUAAAAAGUUCAAGCUUGUUUUCCUUGGCGAACAGAGUGUUGGAAAGACGUCAUUAAUUACUCGAUUUAUGUAUGAUAGUUUCGAUAAUACUUAUCAGGCAACCAUAGGAAUUGAUUUUCUCAGUAAAACAAUGUAUCUUGAAGAUCGGACAGUGAGAUUACAGCUUUGGGAUACAGCGGGACAGGAGCGUUUUCGUUCUUUAAUUCCUUCAUAUAUUAGAGAUUCGACUGUAGCAGUCGUCGUUUAUGAUAUUACAAAUGCGAAUUCAUUCCAUCAAACAUCGAAAUGGAUCGAUGAUGUGCGAACAGAACGAGGGAGUGAUGUUAUUAUUAUGCUUGUAGGCAAUAAAACUGACCUUGCAGAUAAACGACAAGUUUCAACAGAAGAAGGCGAGCGCAAAGCAAAAGAGUUGAAUGUCAUGUUUAUAGAAACAUCAGCGAAAGCCGGCUACAAUGUAAAGCAGCUUUUUCGGCGAAUCGCUGGUGCUUUGCCGGGUAUUGAACCAGAUCAGAAGGAUAAACAUGAUAGUAAGUGCAAAAUGGUUCAUGUUAUAUUGUUUACAGAUCCGGUGAUUGAGAUUGGUCCAAUAAAACCGAGAAAAAUCGAGACUGAAGAGGGUUCAUGUUGGUGCUAA